UAGCAAGAGAAGUUAGGACCUACAGAUUAAAAAUAAAAAGAAAAAAAGGAAAUAAAAGCUUUGCUUGCAGAACGUUGAUGGAUUUAUGUGAACACCGACCACUAUAAAAUCUCGUUGCGGUGCCAAAAUGACAGAACUCGCGUAUUUUGUUCAAGUAUGGCAGCUAACUUCUGGACUUCAUCGCACUACAAACAACUCCUGGACCAAGAGGAGGUCGAUGUGGUGCAAUCGCUCGAUAAAGAUAGGGGCAUCACUCUUGAAGACUUCAAGCUCAUUAAGAUGCAUAUGGCAAAUUAUAUAUUGAAGUUGGCCCAAAAUGUGAAAGUUAGACAAAGGGUUGUUGCAACUGCUAUUACAUAUAUGAGACGUGUUUACACCAGAAAGAGUAUGACAGAAUACGAUCCAAGACUAGUGACACCAACCUGCCUAUAUUUGGCUUCAAAAGCAGAAGAAAGCACAGUGCAAGCUAGACUUCUAGUGUUUUACAUAAAAAAAAUACAAUCUGAUGAAAAGUACAAGUAUGAGAUCAAGCAUAUACUGGAAAUGGAAAUGAAAAUUUUAGAAGCCCUUGACUAUUAUUUGGUGGUAUUCCACCCUUAUCGCGCAUUGUCUCAGUUGCUCCAAGAUGCAGGACUGAAUGACAUAAAUAUGACUCAAUUGACCUGGAGCAAUAGGUGGUGUGCACACACCUCACGCACAAGGUGCUUGUCAAAAUUACAAAUUUUCAAGUACGGGAAGGGCGAUUGUGCAACCCUCGCUCUAAUUCGACGAGCAGGACUUAAGCUCGGGGAAGAUGAUUGGUACUGUCAGACAUAGCUAAACAACAUCGGGUUUCUUUUCCAUCACAACCAUACAAAUCAACCCACCCUUUCACUCUUGUUCAUAGUGAUGUCUAGGGACCAUCCAAGAUAACAAUCUCAUUUGAAAAACGGUUCGUCACCUUUAUUGAUGACCAUACCUGUCUUACCUGGGUCUUUCUUGUCUCCGACAAAUCUGAGGUCACAUCUGUCUUCCGAGACUUCUAUAACAUUGUAGAAACACAGUUUAAUACAAAGAUUGCUAUUUUGCAGAGUGACAAUGGUCGAGAGUUUCAAAACCAUACCCUCAAUGAAUUUUUGUCUUCCAAAGGCAUUGUCCACCAAAGUUCUUGCGCCUACACCCUCCAAUAAAAUGGAGUAGUCGAGUGCAAAAACCGUCACUUUUUGGAAGUCUCUUGUUCCCUUAUGUUGUCUACUUCCCUUCCUUUCUAUCUCUAGGGCUAUGUUGUUCUAACUGCAGCCCAUUUUAUCAACCGAAUGCCUUCUUGCGUCCUACAUCUUCAGACUCCCUUAGAGUGUCUUAAAGAGUCAUAUCCUUAUACCCGCCUCAUCUAUGAUGUUCCUCUUCGGGUUUUCGAGUGCACAACUUAUGUUUAUAACCAUUGCCCUAACCCAUCUAAGUUUACUCCUCGGGAUUAAGCAUGUGUUUUUGUUGCUUACCCUCUACAUCAACGAGGCUUUAAAUGCUUUCGCCCAUCUUCCCGUAAAUACUUUGUCUCCAUGGAUGUUACCUUUCUCGAAGAUCAUUAUUUCUUUCCCAUUGGCUAUCUUCAAGAAGAGAGUGAGAGUGAAAAGUCUAACUUUAACUGGGUGAUAUCCUUAGAGUCUACUAGUUCUACCAUACCAAGCCCAGAUCCUCAUUUCACAAUACUACCUACGAAUCAAGUUCCUUGGAGAACCUACUAUAGGAGGAAUCUUAGAAAGGAAGUUGGGUCUCCUGCUAAGUCGUCGACUCCAGUCCAAGACUCCGAACCUCCUCGAGAUUAAGGUGUGGAAAAUCCUACUGAAUCUUGUACUAAUAAUACAAUGAGUGAGAAUGACAGGUCUAAUAUUGUUGUUCUUGAAAAUGUGGAAGAAAAGAAUAGUGGUGAUGAAAUUGAGGUCAGAACAUAAACUAGUAACAAUGAAGCUGAACAGGGUCAUAAAUGGAAACUUGAUGAGUAUAAUCCCUCUCUUGACCUUCCUAUUGCUCUGAGAAAAUGUACCAAGUCCUGUACUAAACAUCCUAUUUGCAACUAUGUUUCCUAUGAUAAUCUCUCUUCACAGUUCAGAGCUUUUAUAGCAAGCCUUGACUCUACCAUAAUACUGAAAAAUAUCUACACUGCUUUAGAGUGUCCUGAAUGGAAGAAUGCUGUCAUGGAAGAGAUGAAGGUUUUGAAAAGAAUAGAACUUGGGAGAUUUGUGCUCUACCCAAAGGAUACAAAACUGUGGGAUGCAAAUGAGUGUUCUCUCUCAAAUACAAAGUAGAUGGUAUGCUUGACAGACACAAAGCAAGGUUAGUUGCAAAGGGAUUUACUCAAACCUAUGGUAUUGACUGUUCAAA